AUGGCUGGCAUGACAUUGCUUUUUCCAUCUCCGGCGUCUACUCUGGCGAAGAGAACUACAAGAAUGAUGCUUAGAAGAAAAGAUGACUCUUUCGUUACUCAUGGAAUGAAGUCUAAAUCUUCUCUUCCUCCUCUUUCUCCUUAUUUUUCUAAUGGGUUUGGGAAAAUCGUGAAGAUGGCUGGUGAGGAGCUGUGGAAGCUACUUGAAAGGAGGGAGAGGCAUAUAUUUUGUGAGAACUUCAAAAUUAGAUCUUACGAUAUGGGCCCUAAUCGCACGGCAUCCAUAGAGAGUUUGAUGAAUCUUUUACAGGAAACAGCACUAAAUCAUAUUAAAAGUAUGGGGAUGAUGAAGGAUGGAUUGGGUUCAACCUCAGAGAUGAGUAGAAGGAACCUGAUAUGGGUGUUCUAUAAGAUGCAUAUUGUCGUGGAUCACUAUCCAUCUUGGGGUGACGAUAUUCAAGUAGAGACAUGGUUGAUUCCAUCUGAAACAAAUGGUGAGCGACUUGGUUGGAUUAUUCAUGAUUGCAAAACUGGAAAAAUCCUCACAAGAGCUACCAGUGUGUGCGUGAUGAUGAAUAAAGAAACAAGAAAAAUAUCUAAAAUACCAGAGGAGGUCAGCAGAGAAUGGAAAACUUAUUACAUGGAGUGUCCUCCUAUUUCUAUUCCAGAUGAUGAGGAUGAUGGCAGUAGAAUAGCAAAGUUUGAUUACAACAGAAUGGAUUAUGUUCGAACCGGUCUAACCCCUCGUUGGAAUGAUUUGGAUGCCAACCAGCACAUGAACAAUGUUAAAUACAUUGGUUUGAUGCUUGAGAGUGUUCCCGUCUCAAUGUUGAAGAGGCAUGAGAUAUGUGAGAUUGAGAUAGAGUAUAGGAGGGAAUGCGGGAUGGAUGCUGUGCUGGAGUCCCUGACUUCUUGUGCUUGUAGUACCACUAGUCAAGCAACUGAUGAGUGCUUGGUGGGUGUUGACGGAGGAGGAGGUCAUCAUCAAGAGUGCUUCCACUUACUGCGUUUUGAGAAUGGAGCUGUGGUUGCGAGAGGAAGGACCAAAUGGAGAGCUAAAUAA